AUGUUAAUUGUAAAGUUAACAUUUGAACUGGUAAUCCUGUACAUUUGCGUGAUAUGUGCAAUGGUUUCAGCCAGUUCCACAUCAAGGAAUCGGCCUAAAGAACCUAUCGUUGUUCUUAUCGCCUUGGACGGAUUUCGCUGGGACUACAUGUCCAAAGCUGAUACGCCUAACAUGGAUUCCAUCGUAAACGAGGGCGUCAAAGCGCCCUUCAUCAAGAACGCAUUUCCAACAGUCACUAUGCCUAAUAUGUACACAAUAGUCACUGGUCUAUAUCCGGAGAGUCAUGGUAUCAUUGCAAACGAGAUGUACGAUCCAACGUUCCAAGCCAUAUUCGACAGCGCUAAUAACGAGUCAAGAUGGUGGAAUGGUGGCGAGCCGAUUUGGGUCACGAAUCAAAAGCAGGGGUUCAAGAGCGGAGUGUGUUAUUAUCCGGGUUAUGAUGUAGAAAUUCGCGGCGUCUUUCCGAGUUUCAGCACUAAUGGUACGAAGUACUCCAAGCCUUUCGUUUUCCCGUAUGCAAAUCGAAUGCCAGUGAAGGAAAGAGUUGAUUUGGUAAUAGAAUGGCUAAGCGCGGAAGACCCACCGAACUUUAUAGCGAUGUAUUUCUUGGAUACAGAUACAGUUGGGCAUCAAUACGGGCCCGAUUCGUCCCAGAUUAAGGCGAAGAUCAAAUACUAUGAUAAGCAUGUCGUCGGGUACCUUGUGGAUAAGCUAAGAGAAGUAAACCUGAUCGACAAAGUAAAUAUUAUACUAACCUCUGACCAUGGUAUGAUCGCCUAUAACACAAGCAACUUUAUUAACUUUGAUAACAUUGUCAAUAGUAGUACUUACGAAGGUUGGUCGGGAAACAAGGCCUUCUUCACAAUCCAACCACACCCAGGAAAAGAGACCUACGUUCUUGACAGCCUCAAAGACGGGCAACGAAAGACAAAGCUAUUUGAAGUCUAUAAAAGAGAAAAUGUGCCCGAAAGUCUUCAUUUCAAGAACAACCGAAGAAUUGCCUCCAUAGUGGCUUUAAUGAAAGAGGGGUGGUAUAUUCGUGGCUCCAAAUUACCUGAAGAUAAUUUCACAGCGGGAGUUAUCAGGGGCGAACACGGAUAUAAUAAUUCAAUCAAAGAUAUGUAUCCUUUUUUCAUUGCGCGUGGACCCGCGUUCAAAAAGAAUAUGACCUCCGAACCGUUCGAGAUUACAGAUAUUUAUCCUUUAAUUUGUCACAUCCUCGGAAUCGAACCAGCAGAACACAACGGAUCUCUUGACCGCGUGAAACAGCUUUUCAGAGAACCGCCACAAUCGACCGUGAAGCCCGCGCCCGAGCACACCACUACCGCACCGGGGACUGGAAACAAGAUCGUCAAAAUUGUUGGCUUUUCAAUUCUCGGCUUUGCGGUGGCUGUUAGCGUUGUUGCUGCAAUUAUAUUGGCGAUUCGUUGGUGCGAGCGGAACCGUCACCCCAGUAAAAAAGUGAUAGAAAACGAAGAGACGCAAGAAUUCCAAACUGACGUGACCGCGUGAAAUGCAAUGUAUAAUUUUGUUUUAAGGAAGCGUUUCUGCCUUUGCUAUUGCAGUCUUAGUUCAAAGAAUUGAAGAAUGACCUUAAUGAUAUUGAAUUCUCACGCAAUUUUCAUUUUAAUGCUUUUACAUUUGAUUCAACCUAGAUCAUUUAGGAUUUUUGUUAAAACUUGUCAAACUUUGAAGGUUUCCUAGCACCCCAAUGGUUGGAUUGUUGAACGUAAGUAUAAAUUGUCAACUAUAAAGGGAAUAUAUUUUUAAACCAGUUCCCGAUAAAGCACAGCCAGGUCACAAGAAUUUUUCGUCUUUGCUAAUAGUUAAAAAAAAGAUCGAUCGUGGACAACCAUUCUUGUUAACCAUCAGAACUGUCAAUGAUGUCCUUAAAUUUAACUAAAAUGAUUGACAAAUGUACGAAAUUGUUUUUAAACUUUUGAAAUAUAUUAUGUACAUACUAACGAAAAUUAAAACAAAACUGCCUUGCAAGUGCGGUUUUUAACACCUUUAUCCAUUAGCCAGAGCAAAAACUCGCACAAUAGUGCAUCAUUGACUCAUGCAAUAUUUUUAAAAUAUACCUUGAGUAAACAGGAAAAUAGCUUAACUUGGUCAUGUUUUAGACCCAGUCAAGCAACAUAAUAAUUAUUGAUUAUUUCAUUUUAAUUUUGGGAAGACAAGAAUGAACGUCGUAAAAGCUAAGUAUAGGCAGAUUAUGUUAUAAAAUUGAUCAUAAUUAAACUCAUGUUACCAUUGGAGAUUAAAAAAAUGACGCUGUUGGAUCUGUUGGGAGAACACGUAGCACUUUGCCAGGCGAAUAAAAAUUUUACGAAUUCCAAACCUAUAUUUUGUAAAUGUGGCUUUCUUACUAAAAACCGAAAUUUCCUGUCGCUUGUCGCGAUGGAGAGGAGUCUGAGAGGUUUUUCAAUAAUAAAAAAAACGGAUCACGUAUCUAAAAGUACUCGAUAAAAAUCGUCUCGAUUUAAUGGCCUCUCGAUUACGUAUUCGGUAGUUCAAUCCAGGCCGUGGAAUCGAGACUCGUUCAAACCAGACUCGUUGACUCGUCUCAGAAACGAGACUCGAUAAACGAGACACGCUUGCUAAACGAGAGCCUCAAAACGAGUCCGACCAGUGAUCCACGAAUAACAUGAAUAACCAAUCAAAAAUCAAAACACGGUUAUGCAACCACAGUUGUCGCGUGAAAUUUCAUAUUCAGAUUCCACAGAGAGACGGUCGGGCAAACAAAUACAAAAUGGCUGCGAAGCGAAAGACUUCUGAGAGACUAGAUCAUGGUAUUGCCAUCAUUUUGGCAAUUUUGUUGACAAACCAGCUUUAAACUAUAAUCGUCAAAUAAAAUUAUAGAUUAUUCCGAAGCAUCAUCUAUUCAUUCACCUCAAGACGAUUUUUAUACGCAAGCAUUUUUAACGUACCAAGAGUGAGGUCUAGAUUGGUAAUUUUUUUUUACUAUUAUUUAUUUUAAUGUUUAUAUUUAGUUUUUAUAUACCUAGAAGAUUCAGAUAAUCUUCCGGGGAGUCCUCGUGGCUUUCCAGAUUUCUCGGGAUUUUUGGUUUUACAUGAGAACGAGUAGUUCUACUUUUCGCAGUGACUCUUGACUCCCAAGUUAUUUUAUCCAAUAAGAAAUCGGUAGUAUUUACGCAACUUGCUGUACCCAUUUCUUUGACUGCUGUUAUCAUGAGACUUUUCGAACGAUUGGUCUAUAGCUAUGCACUUUCCAGUAUUUGCAAUUAUUAAAUCGAUUUAGAUCAGUUUGCCUAUCGUGAAGGCCAUAUAGCCUGCGUAGCAGGCGCUUGGAAGUAGUGUCUCCUUCUAACUUCUCCUUCUCCUUCUAGUGUCUUCUGCCCACUACUUCCAAGCGCCUGCUACGCAGGCUAAAGGUCAGAAAAUCUACCAUGGCAUUAAUUAAGUGCCAACGUCAGGGCUUAAGUGGGUGGAUGGUAAUGCCGAUUUUGUCUGGUUUUUUCCUUUGACUUUAGUAAGGCUUUCAACUCUGUAUCACACAAUAUCCUGUGUAGUAAAUUGAAGCAAAGGAACAUUAAUCCAUAUAUUAUUAAUUGGCUUAUAGGCUUGUUAGAUCAGAGAAAGCAGAGAGAAAGCAGAGAGUUGUUGCAGGAGUUGUUGCUCCUGGUGGUUGUCGAUGAGGGCUGGAUCCAGACCUUAGGAUAAGGGUGGGGGGGUCAUCCAGACCCUUAGAAAAGGGGGGGCCUGGUCUCCCAAAAUAUUUUUUUCGGUCCUUCGGGCAUCAGUUUGGUCUAAAAAUAAAGGGGGGACCCCUCCCCUCGAUCCGCCACUGCGAUGGCUACCGUACUAAAUAUGUUUUUUUUUAAUAGGGGUGUUCCUCAUUGUACAGCCCUGGGGCUGAUCCUCUUUUCUAUCGUUAUUAACGAUAUCAAAGCUAUUAAUACCAAUAGGAAUCUUCUAGUCAAAUUUGCAGGUGACAUAACUGUUAGCUUGCCAAUUGAGGCAAAUGUAGGCUUAGAUGAGUCUGAAACGAAAAUCCUAUCCUUUAUUGAAUGGUCUGAGAACUGACCUGCAUGAAAAUUACCCUGGGUGCCAGGGACUUUUCUAGCGUGUGUCGGCCUUCGGCCAACACCGAAAAUUCCCACCGCACGCGAGAAAAACCUCUGGUACCCAGGGUACAUGAAAGUUAAUUUGACAAAAAUAUGGGAACUGCUUUUACAAGGAAGGACUACUAAGACGCCUCCUGAACCACUAGAGAUAAUAGGGAGGAAAGAGAAACUGAAACUGUUGGGCGUUACCUUUGAGCAAGUGCCAGUUAAUUGGGACAGUUAUAUUGAUUGUUUUCUUACUAAGGCUAGCAGUAGGUUGUAUAUUAUAUUAUAAGAAUAUGUAAAUAUUAUGGGUGCUCCAUUGAAAAUUUAAACUUACUCUUUCAAAGUUUGAUCCUUUCAGUCAGUCUUCAUAUAUGCAUGCUAUUGAGGUCUGGGGGUGCGCUCUCUUUGCCAGGUGUUUUAAGUUAGAUUACUACUUAAGGCAGUACAGUAUCUUGGUCAUUCGUCGUGAUAGAGAUAUGAAGUUAUGGCGAAGGAUCACUUCUACUAACACUGCGUUGAGCGAUCUUUUACCUCCCCAGAGAACACGGCAGAUGGGAACGAGGUCGCAUAAUUACAACCUCGUCCCCAGGGCUUUUCCCUUGAAAAAUGGGUGGUUUUUCAAGGGAAAAGCCCUGGGGACGAGGUUGGCAUAAUUAUAUUCUACCUAAUGUUCGGACAGGUCGUUUUAAAUCAGUUUUUAUAAAUAGAUGUCUUCUUAAUAGUAACUAACAUAUAUUUAGUCGUUUUCCUUAUGUAUUUUUCGCUUUCCUUUAUUCAUUUUCUUGCCAUGUAAAUCGUUGCACCCCUGUUUACGAAAUGAGUGAUUAAUAAAGACCUUUAUUAUCAUCACUUCUUAUUAACUUGCAACAACAUGAUUUGUCGCAAGACAAGUUUGAACGUUGGUGGUAAAACCCGAGGCAUUGCUUUUUAACUCUUUUUGCAGAAUUCAUCGUUGCAUUCAUCUGCUUGCAUGUUUUUGUUGCCCUGUUUUAUUUAUCGCAGCUUAAGGUAGCUCGAUGGGGCUUUUUUAGAGUCAAUAUCUCCCAUGUUUGAACAUAAACUACGUCUCAAUUAACAAAGAUUUGGAAAAAUUACUAACACAGCCAGAGGCCUGGGCACCUGGCAGUCAAAACGGUUUUGACUGCCCUCCGAAGGGAACAAAGGAAAAUUCAAGGGGCCUGGAAACGAGGAAAAAGUAUGAAAAACUGUUUGAAUGCAGAAAGGUCCACGGAACGCGUAAAUAAACCUGACUGGUUCCUCUUGCCGGAUCUCUAAUUAAAAAGAUGCUGUAGCCAGACGUCAGGUAAAGUGUGAAAUAAAACAAACUGAAUGCAGGGCUGGCACUGGGGCAAAGGGCUGAUUUAUUAUAUCAUUAUGGGCCAAUAUUUCAGCUAACAAAAUUAGCCUUCAUCAGGGCCAGAGCUAUAGCGAGAGAAAAUAUUUUUUAACUACUCCUAAAAUUUAAGUUUGAAAUUUACAUAAGUAAAAAGUAUGUUUGCAUGACCGAGCAUGACCGGAAGUGUGCUAACAUUUUACAUGUUGUUAGAAAAUGAUGAGUUAAAAUGUCUUCGAAUCCCAAUCUAGCCUCGUUGAUCAUUCCUCGUAAUAUAAGACACCCCGUCCUGGUCGUUCUAGUUUUAAUAGUAAUUGUAUUCGCUCUCCACGCCUUCAUAAGAGUUCCUUUCAAUGGUUCGCUUAGUCAUGGAAGAUCUAGAUCGCGUGAUGAAAUUGGUAUGUUAACAUACAACAUUUGGUUUUCUACUGAAAAGAUGAGAGAAAGAAUGGAAGCUUUGGGACAAAUCGUCGAAGAUCUCCAACCAGAUAUUUUGGUUUUUCAAGAAGUGACACGGGAGAACUUGGCCAUUUUAGAGGAACAGACGUGGUUUUCCCGGUAUCGCUUGAUUCCCUCCGAUGUCAAGAUGCAGGAGAAACCUCACCAUUUUGUGAUAAUUCUAAUCGUAUAUGCUGUCGAAAAAUGGUUCAUUCAUCCAUUCGUCAAUUCUCCACGCAUGCGAAAGCUUGUCGUAGCACAAACUAGGAGCGCUGUUUCACCUGGCGUAGAGUUUGUAGUCGCAGGAACACACUUAGUUCACGCAGAAGAAAAUACUAUUCAACGCGAGCAACAACUGAAAGAAUCACUAAAAGUUCUCUCUCCAUACGAAAAUGUCUGCGUUAUGGGUGACAUGAACAUUGAAGUUAAGGUUGACGGAGACAUUGUUCUUCCUUCUCCUUGGAUUGACGCAUGGCUGUCUCUACCGGGAAACACUGACAGCAAUGGAUUAACAUAUUAUCGCAGCAAAACCCCUUUCGCCCCUGUUAUCAAGAGAACUGUAAAUGCCACAAGUUACAAAGCAAGACUGGAUCGUGUUCUUUGCAAACUGAGCGAUUUCAAAGUCAAGGAAAUGCGGGUCGUUGGCGACAAGUUGACGAAGUCUGGAAUUCGCCCCAGUGAUCAUUUCGGUGUGUUUACAGUAAUAGAACUAUCGUCUACGAGCCAGACGAAACGUAACAAAAAUUUUGAGACUGCCCAAGAAGAGGUUUACUUUCGCAGA